GUCUGAAUAAAUGGCGAUUAACUGCUAUACAGUAAUAAAGUGUCGAUUAGUUUGAAUUGAAUUGAAUUAAUGAACGCAUAGACAGUCAUAGAUAGCAAUGGAUGUAAGACUGGACUCAAUGCCAGAUCUGUCGACAGUUUACUCACUCAUCAAAAGCCUGUACUGUAAUGAACCCAAUGGUGAGUCCAAAGAGAUGUCCUCCAAGUCGUUGGAGUUGAUCCAGCAGUCCAUCUACGGCUGGAAGAUCGCCGACCAGCUGUUGCUGAACAACGCGGACAUCUCUUCGUGUUAUUUCGCGGCACAGACUCUGCGGACGAAAAUCCAAAACAAUUUCCACGAACUGCCCGAAGACUCGUACGUUUCGCUCAAAGACUCGAUCGUUAAGCACUUGAAAGUGAUCGACGAGUCCGUCGUCCAGAAACAGCUCUGCCUUUCCAUCACUUACUUAGCCUUAUUAGUGCCCAAUUGGACGAAUCCGAUCGAGGAGUUGGCCACUCAGGUGCCCAACGCUUCCAUUUUAGUCGAAAUACUCAUCUGUUUGGCCGAAGAGCUCGAAGGCAGUCGUAACACAAUUAAAGUGGACAUCAGAAGAAGGCAGGCGUUCAACGAUUACUUGAAGCAAAUCUCCCCUCAAGUCAUACACCUCUUGAAUACUUCACUGAACGAAGCGAAGAGUAAUUGGCGGCCGAGUAGUGGCCAGAAGGAGGAGAAGACCAUCUCUAAGGUGUACGAGUGUUUGGGCGCAUGGCUUCACAUUAUGGACAACUCGGACAUCAAUCUGAUUGAACCCAUACUGUCCUCCGUAUUCGAGUCCCUUCGCAAUGCCGACUGUCCGACCGCUGUUCACGACUACGCGGCCAACACUGUCUGUAGUGCAGCCAUUGUUUGCGAGGAAUACACGAAAUACCAGCAAAUGACUCAUUACCUCCUGAACCAAGUCUAUGACUUAGAGCCCGCGUAUCACUACUCAGUGGCCAAAGAGGACACAACAAAGACGGAGAACUAUACGCGAAUCUUCACAGAAAUGGCCGAAUCCAUAGUCGACCCGUUGAUCAUCAAUGAAGUGGAUCUGAAGCUUCUGCACCUUCUGCUCAAUUGUGUCGGACAUUACGACUGCGAGAUCUUGGAAAUCACUUUUCACUUCUGGUACCGAUUCAGUGAAUAUGUGUUCAAACGGAAGGCCACAGCUUUCAACGGUGUUUGCAAUCGCCUGUUGGCUGCCCUCACCAAACACUGUCAACCAGAGACCGACUCCGAGGGCCUCAUAGACUCGAGGUCUGACUUGUAUGACCUCAGGUGUCGUAUCAAAGACUUAGUCAGAGAAGUGAUUACAACCGUUGGCGUCAAUAACUAUAUAUUAGGAAACAAUAUAUUAGACACAAUAAAGACUGUGAAUGCGUGGGAAGUGGUUGAGGCGAACCUCUUCAUGAUUAGCUGUAUUAUAGGAGAGAGAAAUGCUGAAGAAGACAAUCAACUGGUUGCAGAUAUUAUUAGUUUAGCCUUAAACUACUCUUCAGUGAAUCCCAAUUCACAACACAUCCAAAUCUAUGCCACCAUUUGCAGCAUUUUAGGCGAACUCUCUGAUUGGCUGAAAUACAAUCCGGUGUUCUUGGAUUCAAUCCUGAAUUUCCUGCUGAAUAUGAUCGCAAACUUUCAGAAGAACGAGGAGUUGUCUGCCUGUGCGGCCCAAUCCCUUCAGACCAUAAUAGAGUCGUGCGCUUCGCAGCAUUUGGUGGGAAACGCCAACUUAGUCUCAAUCCUAAUCCAAAUCUGCUGUCGAGUGGACUUCAUUAAGAACGAAGAGGCGGCCAAUAAUCUGCUUCAAUGCUGUGCAGCCAUUAUAUCGACGACAAGCGAACAUCAGGACCAACUCGUGGCACAACUAUUAACACCUCAUUUGGAGAAACUUCAGGAGUUGGUGAACAACAAAAGCAAUUUCACGCACAGCGCCGUCUACUUCGAUAGAAUCGCCGCUAUCUUUAGGAAACUGCGGUUAACUCAGGAAUCACUUCAGUCACAGCUUUUGAUUCCUUUAAUUACCGAUCAGUUGUGGCCAUUGGCUAGCAUUGCACUGACAGCCAACGCCGCUACCAAUCCUCAGUUGAUAGAGAGGUGCUGUCGAUGCAUACGAUUCUUGAUCCGCUGCUUCCGGCCCGCGUGGCUCCUCCAGCCUAUCGUCAAUCAAAUCGUACCUCUUUAUCAACAGUUCCCAAAACAUUCGUCUUUUCUAUAUUUGGGUUCUAUAUUAGUCGAUGAGUUUGCCAAUGAGCAAGAUAAGACCACUGCUCAGGGACUCAUUAACAUGCUUAAUGAGUUCUCGAUGACUACAUUCAAGCUGUUGUGUGACUCACAACUGCGUCUUCAUCCCGAUACCAUCGAUGACUUCUUCAGACUAUGCACUCGAACUCUCCAGAAGUGCAGUAAUUGCUUCCUAACCAAUAAUAUGCUCGACAAUAUCCUGAACCUCACUCUGGCGUCCAUACAGUUAGACCACAGGGAGGCCAACAAUUCUGUCGUCAAAUUCGUGAUUGAGUUGAUUGACGGCAAGUAUUCCAAAGAACUGAUCGACAAGAUAUUGAUGGAGAGGUUUGGACAGCGAUUGAUGGACGCAGUGGUGAACGCAACGCUCUUUCAUUUGCCCACUUAUUUAGUGGCAGAGAUGUCCGACAUCUUAUGGAGUCUCAUGCAAUGGAAUCCCGAUUUAGUAAAGUUAUGGUUAGCCCACUCCUUAAAGACAAUUCCUCAGCAGAACAACACCACUAUAAUGACUGCCACUCCGGAACAGUUGGAGGAGUUCUACACCAAUUGCAUUAAGUCUAGUUCUCCAAAACUCAUCGCCUCAUCGUUUCGCUAUUUGGCGCGACUCUACCGAUGAGUUAAAGAUAACAUCUAUUGUCCAUCAACUCAUUCAAGGCUUACAAAUGAAU